GAGCUUUAGAUGGCCCAAACAACUGAUGGUCAAACUCCUUCCCCCAACAGCGCAAAGAGCACACUCGAGCAAAGGCGCGCCAGGAGAGAGCAGUUCAGAAACUUCUACGGUCUCAAAAGUGAUGCCGCCGCCAAGAUUGAAGGCGUCAACGAUAGUAAGCUGGUCGACAUUGAUUCUCCCACAUUUAAGCCUGCUGCCUACUACGAAGAUCUGAUAGCCAAAUCCACAUUGAGUGGCUUGAUGAGGACAACUGCGUCUCUUUCGUCAGAUAUUGGUAGACUGCAAGGUACAAGACACUCAUUAGUAUACAACCACCAUCAUCAACUCUUCGCUGCAGGAGAUACUAUCUCACAACUCAAUGCUCGUACCCCUCAGCUACUGUCUGUUGUCACAAACCUCCAGCAAUCUUUUUCAUCCAUUUCUCAACUUGUAGACUCCAUUAAUAUACCAAGGAUUGAAGAACAGAUCGUUGUCGACCCGGAAGAAGCGACUACCAUUUCAAGACGUAAAACACAGAGACAAUUGGAGAGAUUACGACUCAUGGUACAAGCCAAUGAAUCUUCAGACAGGAUAAAUGAAUUCUACAAAAUACAUUACGAGGCUCUGCACAGUCUAGCGACCGAAGACGACUUGGCCAAGAAACAUUUGGAAGACUGUGAAGCUGCAAUCCAAUUGACAAGCAGAAUUGUUCCUGCUUAAGCGUGAUCAACUGCGAUUGGUAUCCAACUGUAAUAAGCUAGCCCAUGUUAGAAGGCUUCAGUCGCUGUCAAGUGUUGAAGAGUUAAGAAUAUAUGUAGAGUUUUGAUAAAUGUUCAUGUUGUGUCGAGCAAGCCACAAAUAUAGCAAACAAAUGUAUGUAACACCAUUAACCUCUAUGACGGAUGGAUCUUUAAUAGCCGCAACUAUUUUAGUCGUGGUGAUAAUAAUCUUU